AUGGUACUUCCUCGCCAUUCUCUUCCUCCGCCCCCACCGCCGCCGCCGCUCCCCCCACCAGUUUCCCAGAGCUCAUUCCCACCCCUCUCAUCCUCUCCUCCUACUCAUAACAAUUCUCCUCCUCCUCCUUCUCCUCCUCCUCCUCCUCCCCCUCAUCCUCAACUCUUAUCAACACCAAUGUCGUAUGCUGCAACUCUCAAGGCAGCGCCCCCGGCCUUUCCCGCUACGGUGCAGCAGCAGCAGCAGCAGCAGCAGCAGCAACAGCAACCACAAAAGCAACAGCAACAGCAGCAGCAACUACCUCCGCCCCCGCCGCAACAUCCUGCUCAUCAAUCCCCAAUUUUAUUCCAUCCUGGCCAACCAUUUCGUCCAAACCCUUCGCAGCCAUCGUUCACUCCUGGGGGCCAGCAAGUCCCAAACCUUUCAACCCCAAAGCCAUGGUAUCCGGAUGUUUAUACUCUCCCGUUCAUACCGCAGUACUUGCAAGUAAUCAAUACACUUCCUGCUGCAACAGUGACAUCUCUUCCCCCACCUUCAAUUCAAUUCCAUGCUUUUAUAUCUUCUUUUUGUGGAUCAUCGUUUCUUCGAUUACUCCCUCCUCCUCCAGCUAUUCCACCAACACCAGCAAAACCAGCUCCUACUCCAUCAACAGAUCUCAACCCUUCCACCUACUUCGACUAUUUCUUCAAUCUUCUCUCCCAUGAAGUAUCAUCUCAGCACGAAAGGUUCCGGAAGUACGAUAUGUACAAUGAACCACUUUACGUUCAAGACCUGUCACAGAGCUUGUAUAGAUUGAUUGUUCCUGGGAUCCGGGAGAACACGCCUUUGGUGCAACUUGGAGAUGUUGUAAGGCUUAGGCAGGUCCGAAUCCACCCCGCUAGCUACAUGGCGAUGGGGGGAGGAUCCUUUAACGGGUUCCAAUACGAUGCCUGUGUUUAUGGCAUGGACAAGACAGUUGGGUACAUUGUUCUCAGGGUGGAUCAUUUGAUGAUGGAAAGUGGACGUUUUAACGUCUGCUUCUGCGUUCAAGAAAAGCGGUGGGCCGGUCCAGCCAGGGCUGUCGAAGACCUUGGAGGGGAGCUGAAGAACGUCGACGCGAAGGAGAGUAUUAAUGGAUCUGUAAACCAAGAUAUACCCAGGGGAGGAGGGUUCGUGAGGAGAAUGCUGUUUCCAGAAAAAGCAGACGGUGUUUUGCAAAGGAAUUUGGGCAAAGGAGCUUUUAAUCGAGGGUGGUUCGACGGAGAGCUGAACUAUGAACAACAGAAAGCGGUCGACGCAAUUGUCCAGCAAAAUUACGGGAAUAUCCCGUAUCUCAUCUCUGGGCCCCCAGGAACCGGCAAAACAAAAACGAUAGUAGAAGCAGUAUUACAACUGAUCUUCACGCCGUCUAGUCCGAAACAUCAUAUCCUUCUCUGUGCACCAUCGCAUGAAGCAGCAGAUACAUUGGCCAAACGUCUCAUCCCGUACCUGAACCCGAAAGUACUAUUCCGCUUACAGUCGAGCGCUCGAACAUUUCCUGAAGUUCCAGGGGAAUUAUUGCCAUAUUCUUAUAUAGCCAAUGACAUGUUUUCUCUUCCGGAAUGGAAAACACUUAUGGGCUUCAGAGUAAUUGUCUGCUCCACUCGAGAUGCCGAGAUUCUGGUGGAAGCCAGGUGCACAAACAGGGAUUUAGCAAGGUGGGAGAAAGGCGUUGUUGAUUCGUUGAGAGGAAUUGGGGACGAGAAGGAUGACAACGGUAGGCAUGGAGUGGUCGAGAAGGGCCAGAGUGUCAAUGUUCAUUGGACAGCUCUCCUCUUGGAUGAAGCGGCACAAGGCAUCGAACCAGAAGUUGCAGUUGCGCUUUCUGUUGUGGCACCACCGGAAGAGGCCAGUCUUGAUAGGCCAAUCUUUGUAAUGGCAGGAGAUCAAAAGCAAUUGGGUCCGAGAACAACCAGUAAAAUAUCCCAACUGGAUAUGAGUCUUUUUGAAAGACUCUUUCUGAGGGAGAUAUAUAGUCAGCAUCCUCUGGCUAGGCACAGCUUUGGUGUCGAGCAAAACCCCACGGGCUGGAGCGCUGAGAGGGUUCUCGAGAGGAAGAAGGCUUUACUGCCAUAUCUUCGACCACCGUUCACAAACUUGAUUAGAAAUUACCGUUCACAUCCGGCGAUUCUAGCGGUGCCAAGUGCACUUUUUUAUAAUGACACUUUGGUACCAGAAGCGAGAGGUACAGAGGGCAUGGAGUGCUGGGCUGGGUGGAAGGGUCGCAAAGGAAUACCGAUUAAGUUUUGUUUGAAUGGUGGGCAGGAUGAAUGGCAUGAAGAGGGUGUGUCCUUCUACAACCUUCGAGAAAUUCAGAUUGCUUGCAAUAUUGCCAAAGACCUUGUGGCAUCUGGGCUUAUUGAGCCUCAUGAAAUAGCCAUCAUGGCCCAAUUCAGAGAGCAGAUUAAACGUCUCAGAAAGGCCUUGCGUUCACCGUCUUAUGGACUUAGAAAUGUCAAUGUGGGGCCCAUCGAGAUCUACCAGGGAAGUGAACAUAAGCUCGUUAUCAUCUGCACUACUAGAUCCCGGGAGCGAUUCCUUGAAGGUGAUCUAGAGAGAGGAUUAGGCGUGGUUUUUGAGAACAGGAGGGCGUGCGUGGCAUUGACCAGGGCAAAGCAGGGUUUAAUUGUCAUUGGAAACCCUUGGAUUUUAGGGAAGGAUCCAACCUGGAGAGCUUGGAUGGGAUUUGCCUGGCGCCACGAUGCAGUCGAAAAAGAUCCUUUUGAAGAAGCUGAAGAACCGAAAGCUCAAAAAACCGAUGGGUCCCAGGCUCCCACAGCUAGCGGUAACGGAAAAUCGCCCUCGACGGAGUUGAGAGUUAACUUUUGGCAACCACCGGAGGAUGAGAGGGAAACACCACAAUAUAUCAGUCGACUAGAGACCGCUCUGGUAUAUAAAACCAGGGCAAUGAGUGGGGAUAUGUUGGGCGGAAUCGGCGGUGGAUUUGAUGGAGAUGAUCCUAUGUGGACUGCGGGAAUCGUAGCAGAAGAAGCGGUGCGAGAGAAUGAGAACAAAGUAAACGAGGGCUUUUCACCAAAUUACUGGGCACAGAAACAUUUUCUUGAUAACACGAUCGCCGGUGAUGGGAGUAUCCCCCGUCUCAUGGCCCUAGACGAUCAAACGGAAAUGUUCAUGGACAUGUCGAAUACCGUUAAUACCAGCCCUAUGAGAAGUCCGCCAGAGAUUGAGAGGGACAGGGGAUUUGUUGAGGUCAAGAAGUCUGAUACUAGUCAGACGGCACUUUUCCCGCCGGGGCCUUGGUGGCGCUAA